AUGAAAGAGGGGAAGGACGCCUUCGUGGAGGACUUGAAGUGUGUGGUGCAGGAACUCCUGCCGCAGCUUGGGCCAAGCUUUGUGCUGGUUGACAGCUCCUUUGGGCCGGGCUCGGCUUUGGCUUGGCAUUUGCGACCUUAUUUGUCCGGAGCACUGAUCAUCAACGCCCACUUGUUCAAGGCUCCGGAUUUUGACUCCACAGAGCUAGCACAGAAGAUCCGCAAGAGGAUGGCAUUCCUGGGCGAGAAGUACGCCAGCAAAGACCGUGAUGCCAUCCUGUCCUUGCUGCCAGAUUUCAUGUACCCAACAGGUGGUGCUGAAGGGGUUGAGGAGACGAAAGAGAUGUACUGGCUGGCAAUGGAAGAGGCUUCGGCCAACUUUUGGGAAAUGGCAGGUCUUCAGCCUUCCUGGAACUUCGAACACCUCACAGGAAUGUUCACAGAGUUGCCAGAGUGGCCUAGGGACUCUCCACCGGUAGUGCUAGCUGCCAGCGAUCAGGCACCGUUGGUGGUGGUGGGUGAGGCCAUGCAGAGGUUACAGCAGAUUAUGCCGGGCUCGAAGCUGGAGUUUAUCCCCAGCAGCAAAUGGUCUUGGCACCUGGAAGGGACAGACGUGGUUGAGGAGGUGACAAGUCUUCUUGCUCGCGUUGCUCCAGCCCGAGUGAAAGUCACCGUUAGCCAUGCCAAUGCGCGUGUCGGCUCGGAGACGCGGAAGGUCGUGGUGAUUGAGCCGAACAUUGCGCCGGUGAAGCAUGUCCUGUACGUGGGGAUCCCCAGAUUCAUCCCUUGGGCCCUGCAGCAGCCCAUUCUGGAGGAAUGGGCGGCCACAGAGUUCGUGAAGAUCUGGGGCAUCAGCGAGGACUCGGUAAAGCCCGGCUUGAUGAACGAGGGGCAGGACGCCUUUCUGGAGGACUUGAAGUGCUUGGCGGAGGAACUCUUGCCGCAGCUUGGGUCGAACUUUGUGCUGGUUGACAGCUCCUUUGGGCCGGGCUCGGCUUUGGCUUGGCAUUUGCGACCUUAUUUGUCCGGAGCACUGAUCAUCAACGCCCACUUGUUCAAGGCUCCGGACUUUGACUCCACAGAGCUAGCACAGAAGAUCCGCAAGAGGAUGGCAUUCCUGGGCGAGAAGUACGCCAGCAAAGACCGUGAUGCCAUCCUGUCCUUGCUGCCAGAUUUCAUGUACCCAACAGGUGGUGCUGAAGGGGUUGAGGAGACGAAAGAGAGGUACUGGCUGGCAAUGGAAGAGGCUUCGGCCAACUUUUGGGAAAUGGCAGGUCUUCAGCCUUCCUGGAACUUCGAACACCUCACAGGAAUGUUCACAGAGUUGCCAGAGUGGCCUAGGGACUCUCCGCCGGUAGUGCUGGCUGCCAGCGAUCAGGCACCGUUGGUGGUGGUGGGUGAGGCCAUGCAGAGGUUACAGCAGAUCAUGCCGGGCUCGAAGCUGGAGUUCAUCCCCAGCAGCAAAUGGUCCUGGCACCUGGAAGGCCCAGAUGUGCUGCAGAGUGUGUCGCAGAUGUUUUCUUCCUUGCUCCCAAUUGACAACGUCAUGGCUGAGGGGUAUCGCCGUCUCACCUUGCGCGAGGUGAGCUCAUUCUUCCCUUCCAGGACGCUACUCAUGGCCUUUGUGGCCUCUGUGGUGGCCACUCUCUUGCUCUCGGUGUCGGACCUCACGGGCUCUGGGCACCUGACCCUGUACAGCGUGAGAUACACAGUGGUCUGUCAUCCGAGCGAUUAUGCGAUGUUUGCCCUGCUGGGUGCCGCAGGUGGUUUGGUGGGCGCGCUGUUCAACGCCCUCAACGUCCGGUGGUGCGCCUUCAAGUCCAAGCCCUGCUUCAAGCGAUGGGUGGGGCCCGUACAGGAGGCCUCUUUGCUGGCCUUCGUGACGCUGGUCUCCUCUUGGCCUUUGAGCCUUACGAGGUAUCUCAACGCCCAAACCAUCCACGCGCUCUUUGACACCUGCAGCGAUGAGCCCGGGGAGACGGUGCGGAGCAGGCUACAAGCGGAGCUUGGGCUUUGCACGGAGGAUGGCUACAGCACCUCCUCCGGCAACGGCCUCCUCACGUCUCUGGGCUUCGCCGCGGCCAUCCGCUUCUGCCAAACGGUGCUUACGAUCGGCACGGCCUGCCCCGCGGGUCUCUUCGUGCCUUCUCUCUUCAUCGGUGCCUGUUUGGGGCGGUGCCUGGCAUUGGGCCUCAAGGCGCUGAAUGCUGGAACCAAGAUGUUUCCGCACACCAUCGAGCCCGGCGUCUAUUCCAUGGUCGGCGCUGCGUCGGUGCUGGGAGGGGUCAGCAGGAUGACCAUCUCGCUAGUCGUCAUCAUGCUGGAACUGACUGGAGGCUUGGACUACGUGGUGCCUUUCAUGAUCUCAGUGCUGCUCGCCAAAGCCGUGGGCGAUUCACUGAAUGAAGGCAUCUAUGACCUUCAGAUCGUGCUGAAGGGAUACCCUUUCCUGCACGAGGAGUUGGAUGUGACUUUCACCGAGCGGUGCUGUGACAUUAUGGAGACAGGUUUGGUGAAGCUGGAUGUGAAGCUGCGCCCGCGCUUGCAGGACCUGCGGGUGAUGAUCCGGGCCUUCACCUUCCGGGGCUUCCCAGUGCUGGAGGGGGACUACUUUGUGGGCUAUGUGCGACGUUCCUCGCUCGAGGAGCUGAUUUCACGCCUGGAGCUGGUGAGGGGUCAGAACGAGGUAGUAACCCUCGACGACCUCGCAUCAGUGAUCGACCCCACUGUGAUGCGCAUGGUGCCGGAGGCGCCCUUGACACAGGCGCACCAAGUCUUCAAGCAGCUGGGGUGUCAGCGCAUCUUCGUGGUGGGCUCUGUGCCGGGCGGCGCGCAGGAUGUGCUGCAGGGCAUCGUGACCAAGAAGAACUUCUUGAAGUUCCUGCAGGAUGGCACCGUGGGCUGCAUGCCGGAGGGCCCUGGUCUGGAGAGCCGCGACUCAGGCGCGCUGCGUUUCGCCUACGACGGGCCUCAGCAGCCGAGCACCGCCAGCCACGUGCGCCUCUCGGAGCUCUUCUCGGUGCUGGACGCUGCGGCGGAAGCCGGCGGCGAGACCAGGGCUGAAGACCAGCUGAGCUGCUCAGUUGGCCCUUCAGCCAGUGACGACGAGGCCGGCUCUGAAGCGGCCGGGAGGAAGCCCCAGGAGCUUGAAGAAUCUGUGCUCUUCAGUGAUGAGUACGAGGAAUCUCGCUCAGGCAGUCAAGCUUACACCACACUUUCGAUGGAGCAGAUCAAAGCCCCCGAGGGGAUCUUCGCCGUCUUGGUGUGCCGCGCCGUCAUGGGCAAAAUGAAUUGCACCAAAGAGGACCCCCAGGCGGCGGAGAAGGUGAAGAAGGGCAUUUAUGACAGCACCUGUGGUGACAGAACCUUCCGAGAGCUUGUGAUCUACGACCCUCGGCAGUGCUACCCCGAGUAUGUGGUGCUGUACCAGCGGGUUUACGCCGGAGAUGCGAAGGCGGAGGCGGAAAAGAAGGAGCGCUUCUUUAUGCAGGUGCCUUUGAGCUGGAGGCAUGUGGCCACGGAUUUGACCAAGGGCUUUCAGCAGGAGGCGAUGCUGCCAGAACCGGGGCGCUUGUACAUGCAGUGCGUGGUGAACCAAGCGGAGAUCUCGCCCGCCCGGGAGGUGAGGCAAGUCAUGAGACUGGAAGAUGCCAGCCUUUGGGUCCGAUAUGUCUCUUUCAAGACGGAGCUGAGAAAGCGCAUCUCCCUGGACAAGAGCGCAAAGCGCGUGAACCUUGUGGAGACGGACUUCCGGGCCUUGAUGAAGCGCCCCUGCAAGUUCUUCAAGACCAAGCGUGGCUGCAAGUCUGGGGACAAAUGCAGGUUCUCUCACAACCCCUUCUCGGACUUGGAUGACUUGGGCCUUGCGGCGGGCCGUCGCCUGCCGGUAGACGAGCUGGACCGGAGAUUGAACGAAGGCUUCCUCUGGUACGGAUGCACGGUGAGCCAAGCGAAGGGCUUGGCGAACGGCUUCAAGGCGGCGGGGACCUUCUAUGAGAGCUUGGAUGCCGCCCUGAAGACGACGAGGAAAGAGGACGGCGUGAAGGUGGCAGUGCUGUGCCGCGUCGCCUGCGGCGUGACGGACGAAGACGAGUCAGCGGAUGCGGACGCGACCAUCCUGCAGGCAGAUGAACAGCGAAAGACCUUGCUGGUGAAAGAUGUGAACGCUGUGUAUCCGGAGUAUGUCCUGCACUUGUCUGCGGAUGAGUUUGAGGAGCCAGAGGUGGAGAUCGAGAGUGAGCCUGCGGAGUGCGGCUGCAUCUAGUUGUCCGAGAUGCCUUUGGUUACUUCGGUCGGUAGG